AUGGCCAUGGAUACAGAUGCCAUCCCAAACCUUCUGGGCGACGCGCGGGACGAGGCACCGGAGGAGCUACAGGAGUACUUCAUCGCCUUUGAGGACUUUUGGGAGCGGAAGCUAUGGCACGAACUGACAGAUAAGCUUAUCGAAUUCUUCGAUCAUCCCGGAAGCGCAAAACAGAGGAUACCCUUCUUUGAGAACUUCAUCAAGACAUUCGCCAACAAGAUCAACCAGCUCAAGCUCGUCACCUUGGGCCUGAACGCAGCAUCACAGUACCAGGAUGACAAGGAGCGCCUCGCAUUUGUCAACGAACUCGCAAAGAGCGUCAACAAGCCAGCCUCACAAGACGCCUACGUAUACGCCACAGUCGCUGCUGCCAGCAUACAGCUACGGUUACGGGACGAAGAGGGUGCGAAGAAGAAGCUCGAUGAGUGUGAGCAAAUAAUCGAUCAGUUCGACUCAGUGGAGACUGUUGUCCAUGCUUCAUUCUACCGUGCAAGCGCCGAGUACUACAAGUCGAAGCAUGAGUUCGCCGCAUACUACAAGAACGCAUUGCUUUUCCUCGCCUGUGUCGACCUCAACGAUCUCGAACUCCGCGAGCGCCAGUCCCGCGCAUACGAUCUCAGCAUUGCCGCGCUUGUCUCCGACUCCAUCUACAACUUUGGAGAGUUGCUGCUGCAUCCUAUCCUCGACUCACUGGUCAAUACCCCACAUGCAUGGCUGCGCGAUCUUUUGUUUGCCUUCAACCGGGGCGACUUAAUGGCCUACGAUGUCCUCUCGAACAACAUUACAAAGGUCCCGCUUCUCAAAGAGCACCAGACCUUCCUCUACCAGAAGAUCUCUCUCUCUGCCCUUACAGAGACCGUCUUCCGCCGCCCACCACACGACCGCGCCAUGACGUUUUCCGAGAUCUCUCAAGAGACCAAGGUACAGCCCAACGAGAUUGAGCAUUUGAUCAUGAAGGCGCUGAGCUUGGGCUUGUUGAAGGGUCAGAUUGAUCAGGUGGCGGAGAUUGCGCGCAUCAACUGGGUACAACCAAAGGUGCUGGAUAUGAAGCAGAUUGAGGGUAUGAGGACACGUCUCAAGGAGUGGGACGCCAGCGUCAAUCAGCUGGGCAACUGGAUCGAGGGUGUAGGCAAAGACGUGUGGGCUGCUUGA